AUGGAACCGAGCACAGCUUCAGCCCAGUGCGGCAAUACGAUCACAGUAACAAUAAAGGUAAACACUGAUGGACAGCCUACAAGAACAGCACAAUGGACAAGGAAGCAGCCACAUACCCGCCAUCGACCCCAACCGCCAACCCCGCCAGUACAGCGUAUUCAGCAAUACCACCAAGCCAACACGUCAAGGAAGAAUAAUAAAGGGCGAGCCACGCGCCACAUCCAAGCGACCAUAACCACCAAUAAUACUACAAUAGAAGACCAGGAUGAAGACUGGACAAAGAUACAACUGCGAGCGAUAUUCCAAAUUCUACGACGACGACACGACGACGAUAUUGGGCACGGGAGGGGCCCAUACCCGAACACAAAGUACGAGGUGCGGGUGAGCACUAUACACGAGGACACGACAGAAGACUUGGCUGUGGUCUGCGUCUGUAUUCGUGCGCACGAAGCGCAGAGCGGCAUGCGCUUUGUUUUUUUUUAUUUCCAGAUAAAGCAACAUGAGAAUACUAAUACACACAAAAAAAGAAUGGAAAUUAAAAAAACAUCUGGGCUCUUAAGUAAAUUCCUGACAACUCCAUCUACAUCUAACACUGCAUGUCUCAACAAUAACACUGAGAAUGUUUCAGCGGCUGAGCUUGCCUUGACAUAUCAUGCUAUAAAACAUAAUCUUUCAUACAACAGUAUGGAUUGUCUAGUGAAAUUAAAUAAAAUUAUCUACGUUGACUCAAGCACAGCCACCAGCAUACGGUUAGGCCGAACAAAAAUGGAAGCUUUAGUGACUGAGGUGUUGGGGCCAUAUUCUCUUCAGGGUGUUGUGGAUGAUUUAAAAAAUGAAAACCAGUACUUCAGCCUUCAAACAGAUGCCUCUAAUAAAAAAAAUAUUAAGCUUUUUCCACUUGUUGUGCAAUAUUUUUCUGCAAAGAAUGGUCUUCAAACUAAGUUGCUGGAUUUCUAUGAAAAUAGUAAUGAAAGUGCAGAUGGCAUGUUUAGUUCUAUAAAGGAGUCAUUAGAAAACCUGGAUUUGACUUUUGAGAAUGUUUCUGGAUUUAGUGCUGAUAACACAAAUGCAAACUUUGGUGCUCGACAUUCUUUAUUUACUAAUAUUAGAGAGGAGGUCCCUGAUGUAUUAAAAGGCAAUUGCCAUGCACAUAUUAUUCACAACUGUGUAAAGCGUGCCAUGGAUUUCCUGUCUUAUGAUAUAGAAAACGUGAUUUUAAAAAUCUACAGUCACUUUGCUCAUUCAGCAGUUAGGAGAGAAGACUUAAAAAAAUUUGUUGAAGCUGCUGAUGGUAAUUUCCACGAACUGAAACGCCAUGUAGGAACACGCUGGCUUUCACUCUUGCCUUGUGUGGAUACAGUUCUAAAAAACUGGGCACCAAUAAGGAAUUAUUUUAUUAGUCUAGGUGAAGAUUGCCCAAUAAUAAUGCAAAAUUUAUUAUUAUUGAAUGAAGAUAAAGAUUUAAUAGAAGUGUAUUUAAAUUUCUGUAGCCAUGUAUUAAAUGUAUUUUGUAAAACUGUGAAGAGCUUAGAGGGUGAUUCUAUCACAGUAUUGGAUGUUUUUAACAUAAUGACAAAUAUAAAAAAAGAUUUACUGAAAAGAAAAGAAGAUAAAUUUUAUGGGUUUAUAACAAUGCAGAAAAUAGAAUUACUUGAGCAAUCUUCACAGGGCCUAAAAAAUAAAAUUUUAAAAAACUUCGAUCUAUUUAUAGAAAAAGCUGUAAGUUACCUAGAAAAAUGGUUCAACUUUAAACCUGAUAACUGGCUAGCUAUUAUAAGUCAUUUUGACUUAAAUUCUGCAUUAUCAUUUCAAGAGAUCUUAAAAAUUACUGAAAUGUUGAAUAUGCAAUCUAAAUUGGAUAUAGAUUUACACAGAAGUAAACCUUCUAAAUGAUGUGAGGGAAAAGAUAUACAACAGCAGUUUUAAAGAAUCCUGCACAGCUAAAAAAUGGGAAUCAAUAUUUUCCCAGGAAACCUUGUUUCCCAAUAUAUUUAAAGUGAUCUCACGUUUACUGUCCGUUCCCGCCACUUCAGCAUUUACAGAAAGGGUGUUUUCCGUAAUGAAUGCGAAGUGGCGGGACGACAGAAACAAAGCUUCAAUGAAGCUGAUUCGAAACGAAUUAUUAGUGUACCUAAACCUCUGUUUACCCUGUUUAGACGCAAUAAAUAUUUUUAAAACUGAUAAAAAAUUGUUAGACAGCGCCAAGUCGAACAAAAAGUAUGUAUUUAAAAAAAUAAAAUAAAAUACUUUAUUUUUAUGGUGUGUACUUUUUAUUUUUUGAA